AUGCCCGGAAAGACUCUUCCAACAUUCACGGAGGCUGAAGUGCGAUCCCACAACUCCAGCAAAUCCUGUUAUGUGACAAUUGAUUCAAAUGUUUACGAUGUGACCGAUUUCCUGGAGGGCCACCCAGCAGGCGAAGAAGUCAUCCUGGAGUGGGCGGGAAAGGAUAUCAAGAACAUACUGAAGGACGGAAGCUCUCACGAACAUUCCGAUUCUGCCUACGACAUCUUGGAAGAGUAUCAUAUUGGCUUCCUGUCCAAUGCCACGUCCAAGACUGGGUCUUCACAGGCCAAUGGCAAUUCGGGGGCUGUAUAUGAGAAAACGGGCAUGGCAAAUGAGGAUGAUCUUACUGUCGAGACCGAUAUUGCGUCCGAUUACAAGAAGCACAAGUUUUUAGAUUUGUCAAAGCCUUUGUUUCCUCAAAUCUGGUUCGGCGGUUUCUCGAAGGAGUUCUAUCUCGAUCAAGUCCAUCGCCCACGACACUACAAAGGAGGAGAGUCUGCGCCCUUGUUUGGAAACUUUUUGGAACCUCUUUCCAAGACUCCAUGGUAUGUUAUACCUAUUCUGUGGGGCCCUUGCGUGGCAUAUGGUACUAUGAUUGGUGUCGCUGGCUUGAAUAAUCCUACUGCUUCCGUUGGAUACUUUGUCCUCGGCCUCUUUGUGUGGACUUUGCUGGAAUACGGAAUGCACCGCUUCCUGUUCCAUAUUGAUAAGUGGCUUCCUGACAACCGGGUUGGAAUUACCCUUCACUUUCUGCUACACGGCAUUCACCACUAUUUGCCUAUGGACAAGUAUCGCCUGGUCAUGCCCCCGACUCUGUUUGUAGCACUUGCUCUCCCAUUCUGGAAAGUUGCACAUACCAUCCUUUUCUUCAACUGGUACGCCGGACUACUCGGAUACUGUGGGGGUGUCGCUGGUUAUAUCAUAUAUGACCUGACUCACUACUUCCUCCAUCAUCGCAAUCUACCUGCUUACUACAAGCAGCUAAAGAAGUACCAUCUUCAACACCACUUCGCCGAUUUCGAGAAUGGAUUUGGUGUCACUAGCCGAUUCUGGGACCGUGUUUUCGGUACUGAGCUUGAACUGCCACCUCCUAAGGUCAUCAAGACCCAGUAG